ACUGCUUUUUCAACUUGUCGUUCUUUCGUUCAAGUUCGCCAUCUUGAAGGUGUAUCUAAUUUGUUGCUCGUUAGCGAGAAACAAUUUAAUUUCUUAAAAUGGGCCACGCAAAUAUUUGGUAUUCUCACCCUCGCAGAUACGGACAAGGAUCCCGGUCAUGCCGAUCCUGCUCCAACAGGCAUGGCUUAAUCCGCAAGUACGGUUUGAACAUAUGCAGACAGUGCUUCAGAGAGUAUGCUCAUGACAUAGGAUUCAAGAAGCUGGACUAAAUGGAGUAGGAAUAAUAAAUUUUACUUUUAAGUAAACACCUUGUUUUAAUUGGUCAUUUUUUACUAC